ACCUGCGCAGUGGCUGCGGGGCGGCCCCGGCCGUUGUUAUUGUGGGGCUGCUCAGCGCCGCGCGAAGAUGGCGGCGGGGCAGGGGGGCGGCAACGGGAACGGCAACGGGAACGGAGCAGGGGGACUGGGGAUCCCCGGUCACCUCACUCUCUCCUUCUCAGCUGGGCCGCACUGGGGGGCGGCGGCUACUCUGUCGCAGCCUCACACGGUGCGCAGCCUGGACCGGGCCCUAGAGGAGGCGGGCAGCUCGGGCAUCCUCUGCCUCAGCGGGAGGAAGCUGCGCGACUUCCCCGGCAGCGGCUACGACCUCAGCGACACCACGCAAGCAGAUCUUUCAAAGAACAGAUUUACUGAAAUCCCUCCUGAUGUCUGGCUGUUUGCACCACUGGAAACUUUGAAUUUGUAUCACAACUGCAUCAAAUCCAUUCCAGAAUCGAUUAAAAACCUGCAAAUGCUUACCUACCUUAACAUUAGUCGAAAUCUUCUAUCAACAUUGCCAAAAUACCUGUUUGAUCUUCCACUUAAAGUUCUGGUUGUCAGUAAUAAUAAGCUGGUCUCCAUUCCAGAAGAAAUUGGAAAGUUGAGAGACCUAAUGGAGUUGGAUAUUAGCUGCAAUGAACUUCAAGUGCUUCCCCAGCAGAUAGGAAAAUUGCAGUCACUUAGAGAAUUAAACAUAAGAAGAAAUAAUCUCCAUAUGUUGCCAGACGAAUUAGGAGACCUUCCCUUGGUAAAGCUGGAUUUUUCUUGUAAUAAAAUUACAGAAAUUCCAAUUUGUUACAGAAAGUUACGUCACUUACAAGUUAUAGUUUUGGAUAACAAUCCAAUGCAGAUACCACCAGCACAGAUAUGUUUAAAGGGUAAAGUACAUAUAUUUAAAUUCCUCAGCAUUCAGGCGUGCCUCAGAAUAGAUAAAAAACCAGAUUCUUUGGAUCUUCCAUCAUUAGGUAAAAGAAUCCCCUCCCAGCCACUCACAGAUAGUAUGGAAGACUUUUAUCCCAAUAAAAACCAUGGACCAGACUCCGGCAUUGGAAGUGAUAAUGGAGAUAAAAGGUUGUCUACAACAGAACCAUCUGAUGAUGAUACAAUCAGCCUUCACUCCCAGGUAUCGGAAUCAACAAGAGAACAGACGUUAAGGAAUGACAAUCAUGUAAUGGGAAGUAAACUCGACCCACAAAAAGACCAGGAGGUGUAUGACUACAUUGAUCCGAACACAGAAGAGGGAGCUGUUCCUGAGCAAGGAGAUGUACAGAUUGGACCAUUGCUGUCUUAUAUCAAGGAACGGGGGAAACAUCCUGAGAAAUCCCAGAAAAUAGAACAGAAUGAGGACUGGAGAGAUGAGAAAAGACUUCAGAAAGAACAACUGCUGGCUGAAGAUGAUGAUGAACUCAAAGAAGUUACUGACUUGAGAAAAAUAGCAGCUCAGUUACUGCAGCAAGAGCAAAAACACAGACGAAGGCCAUUGAGCUAUAGAACUUCAUUCAGUGAAAAACUCUUCCAGAGGACAAGGGCGGCAGGACGUGCAUCAAGGCUUCUUAAUCAUUCAGUUUCGAUAGGCACAAGGAACAGGCCAAAACAACCAGUGGAAUCUGAAAAAUGUGUCUCCUCAGAUGAAGUGAAUUCCCCUGUGUCUCCAUACAGCUGGCAGCCACUGGAAAACCAGAAGGAGUCACUGGAUGAGCAGCACUGGCCAGAAACACAGCCAGUGAUUUGGCAGAAUGAAGAAAGAAGGAGAAGUAAACAAAUUAGGAAAGAGUAUUUCAAGUAUAAGUCUUCCAGAAAGAGUUCAAGUGGAAAUGAAAAUGAUGAGCAAGACAGUGAUAAUACUAAUGUGUCCCCACAGUCUCCUGUGUCGUCUGAGGAUUAUGAAAGAACAGAUAGUAACACUCAUGGUCCAUUUGGUCUCAAACCAAGGUCAGCUUUCAGCCGUGCAUCUCGACAGGACUAUGGUACAGCGGAUCCUGGAUUUACAAUGAGGAGGAAAAUGGAGCAUCUAAGGGAAGAAAGGGAACAAAUAAGACAACUUCGCAAUAAUCUUGAAUCAAGGUUAAAAGUAAUUUUGCCAGAUGACAUUGGAGCAGCAUUGAUGGAUGGAGUAGUUCUUUGCCAUUUAGCCAAUCACAUAAGGCCACGUUCUGUUGCCAGCAUUCAUGUACCAUCGCCAGCAGUGCCUAAACUCAGUAUGGCAAAAUGCAGAAGAAAUGUUGAAAACUUUCUCGAUGCGUGUAAAAAAUUGGGCGUUCCACAGGAGAGACUUUGCUUGCCUCAUCACAUUCUGGAGGAAAGGGGUUUGGUGAAGGUUGGCCUCACAGUUCAAGCUCUGCUUGAAUUGCCUACGUUGAAAGUAUCUCAGCUUUCCUCCAUGUGACAUGACUUCUUGGAAGUUUAAACAACUUAUUUUUGAUGUGUUGAUUUGGAUUGCUCUGAGGCAGUUCAGCUUCCUACAUGGGAACAUCCAAGCCAUCACAAACUGGUAUCUGUCCAGAUGCUGUAGAACGCCUUACUAUGGAGUCUUACAUGAAAACCUUGGAGUCAGCUGACAGUUAGAAGAACUUAAUUAUUGUUCUUUUAUUUUGUAAUUGGGUGCACAAAGAGAUCGUGGUAGCAUCAGGUUCUUUCCAGUUAAUUUAAGUUAAAAGCUGCCAUUUAACAUCUCAGUGUUACAGUUAAAUGCUGGAUUUCUUUUCCUACAUUGAAAGUGUUUAAAUUAUUUUACAAGUAUGAAGCACACCCUCCCUCACUUUAAAUCAAAUGAUUGACUUGAAACAUUGAAGGUAAGACAAAAAUGUAGUGAUGAUAUGAUGGUAAAACUGUAAGCAAGUGGUCACUUGUAAUCCACUUUCACUCUCAGAAAGCUUAAUAUUUGCGUUGUUUAUUUUUCACACUCCUGAGUGUAACUUACACACUUCUGACAUUGCCAGUAUUUAGUCUGAGUGUAUGGCGAUUACACAAAACAUUAUACAAUGGGAAAAGGUCACAUUUUAUUGAGUUUUUUCCAGUCUUCUAGGUUGGUGCCAAAUAUUUUUUUCAGUUGUACUGUAGAUUGUUUACAUGUGAAGUGCCUGUGUAAUUGAUAACUCUUAAUAGUCUUAAACAUUUUUGAAAUUUCUUUGUUUAAAAUAGAUAAAAUUGAAGUUUUAAAAUAUUUUAAUAGUUUUUUGUAAAAUCAGUAUGUGAACGUUUUAAGUAAUACUUCACAUUUUUGAUGUUGGGUGUUUUAAGUUUGCACAGUUUAAUUGGUUAUUUUGCUGUCUAAUAAUAGAAAAUACUGUAAAUACUUCUUAUUUAUGAUAUUUAAUUUGAUAAUACCUAAUCACUUUUGGUUUAUUGUAUUAUUGGACAAAAAAAGUUGUCUACUUUUCUUUGUUUCAGACAAACAAAUAUACAUGGUAAGACAUGAGGACUAGUGAUGCAUACAGAGUAAUUUAGGACAUUUUGAUAAAACUGCCAAAAUCUCAGGUUUACGCUGUGAAUUUCAGGAUUUUGUGUAAUAUUGCUCCUGAUCUCACAUUACAUUUUUACAACAGGUAUAUCUGUAAUUUAGUUGAGAAAUAUCAGUGUUUAUCUUUUUAGUGUUUACAGGAUUUGUUGUGUAAUUUACACGGGUGUGGCAAAGCACACAGAUCAGUUUGUACAGAUGUCACUGUGCUGAGACAUUAGACUUUUCUGGAUAACUAUGAUAAAGAAAAAUUUCCACUGUGGUGUUUUUUUGAAACUUCUGAGUUUAUGUAUUUAUUUGCUUCUGCACAAAUUCUUGGUGUUUUGAGAACAUUCUGAAGCCAUGCACUGUUGAGUUCUUUCCCAAACAAGUUGCAAAGAAUUUAAUAAUUUCAGUAGUAAAACUGUUUGCAUUAGUUUGUCCUUCAUGAGUAGGGAGCUCAAUUUAAAAAAAAAAAAAUUCUGACUGUCACAAGUUUUGUGUUUCACGCUAAGUUAAUUUUGAUUGAGCAAUAUGCUUGCCAAGUGCGUAACAGGAUUUGAUUCUGUUAUUUCCAGUUGAUCAAGACCCUAUGCAAUAUAAUUCAUAAAAGAAUGAGGGAGGCGCAUCAUUAACUAACUCCUUACUUCAUUUACUAUAGUCCUUAAAAUCAAUAGCUGAGAGGAAAAAUCACCUUUUUUUUAUGAUGACAGGAAUCUUUUUUAAAAGAGUUACUGUAUUUUAAAAGCCACUGAAACAAGCUGAUUCGUGUGUAAUAGUUUAAACCCAGUAUUUAUAUAGUGUUUUUUUCAAAUACAGCUCAUGGAGAGACUGGUGUAAAACUUAAGUUGCAAAGUCCUAGAUAUAAAUCUUGGGUUGCUUAAAUACCUGUUUAGGAAAACUGAAUUGCUUGGAACUUUGAAAUAUGGUGUUUCAAGUCUCUUCGCUUGCUUUUUUAAUCAUUGACAUAAUACUCAUUUUAUCAACUUCAAUCUCUUAUUUUUCAUUAAAGGCAUUUGGAAAGUCAUGCUAAGACUAAAAUGAAAAAGUAAUAUAAUUCAUUAAGCAAAAUGCUUGUUUUCUGCUAGAUUUGAAGAACACAACCAUUCAAAAUAAAAAAGUCAUUGUCUUUCAAUUCCUCGCUAUGGUGUUUGACAACAGCAAAGUUCUAUUUCAGUAUGUUAGCCAUAGAAUUGCUAACUGUAAAUUGUCACCUUCAGUUGUCUAGCUUAAACUGAUUCAUGCUACUAUUUCAUAGUCAUAUAUAAAUAUUUUUUCUGAUAUUAAAGUAGCUUUUUUCCUAGUAGAGUUAAAUCACAGUGUAAGCAUUAAGAAUUCCAUUGCUGUAGCAUGCCAGAUGCUUACCACUUUUUUCUAAGUUGAGCUUAUUUCAUAAGUAACUUGAAAACUGGAUAUUAAAUUAAUGUACUCUUACUGGAUUCCCAAAGUUGAAAACUACUAAAAUAACUGUUGGGGUUUUUUAAAAUACUUUGGAGCUCUUCCCCACAACCUUGUUAGAAACAGCCUUUCUUUGUCGUUCAUAUGAUAUUAUUAUGGCCUUCUUCAUGCUUGUGUGGAAGGAGAGUCAUGAUCCUUCCAGAGUUCCCUUUUUAGCAUUGCAAAGAUAAAGGCCUUCAAGUAUCCUUAGGAGCAAUCUGAGAAAACAUGCACUGUGCCUACAUUAAUCUUUCUUUAGCUGCUUUUACAAGUAAUAAUAAUAUAAAGCCUUGAUAAAAUAGGCUGUUCCUAUUGUGGUCUUUUUAGGAGCAACUGCAAAAAAGAUGCCAAAAAAAAAAAAAUCUCUAUUUUAAGUUUUAAUUUUAAAGCAGCCCGUGGAGAUUGUUGCUGUCUUCACUGUACAAGGAUUUGCCUACUAUCCCCUUUCUCCCUUUCCAUUUCAUUCCCAGCACCUUCAUAUUUAUUUUUGUUCACAGAUCUAGUGACUUCACAUUGUUCAUUGUGUCACUUCAUGGCACUUUUCUCCUUCCUCUUUACUUUUUUCUUUUAAGAAAUUGAUCCAGUGGCAUUGGUGAACUACUGUGAUUCCAGAAUCCGUACUCCAAUCAUUUAGCAUGUUGGACAUCUCCUUUUCCCCUUUUGUUUAGGAUGCAGUUUCGUUAAGUGAUACUUGAUACAGCUCGAUAGGAUGGUUAAAAACGGUGGCCUGCCCAGUUCCUAUUGUAGUCACUCAGUUUUUACUUCAGAUGUGAAGUCAACAUUAAAGGUUUUGGGAAACUGUAUUAAGUUUCCUAACAAAUUUAAGAGUUAACUAGGGUGCUUUUGUUAUUGUGAAUGCUAUACAAAGUUACUGCAAUAAUGUGAUACGAACUGUAAAUUACAGAGUGAAGCAACAUACUGACAGGCUUUUGGCCUUGUGUAUUCUUUCAAUUUUUAUGUCAUCAUAUGCGGUAUGUUGCACAUGAAUGAUCUUUCAUUUAAGCAAUAAUGUCCCACAGAUAUUGUGAGGUCUUAAGGCAGUGGCAUUAAAAUAGUUGUUGUGAACUACGGUGGCUUCCCACACAUUUGUUAUAUCAUUCGCAUUUGUUAUAUCAUACUGCAAAUCCAGUGUGGUAGCUGGGGCGCUGCUGGGGAUGCAGGAAGCCAUCUGUACCUGUGUGUCUGGAGGCCUUCCAAAACAUAACCAUGAACUAAAAUUAUCAUAAAAUACAGAGGAAUAAAUUUGAAACUAUAAACGACCGUGACAUGCAUCAUAAGAAUUUCUGGGUAAUAGUCUAGCUUCACUGAAGUCAAUGCAAAGUUUUGCUCUUGACUGAAGUAAAGAUUCCACCUUUUUAAUGUAAGGAAUACCUGAGCUGGAGACUAUAACAAACAUAGCUUAAACUUGUUUGACACUAGCAAAGCUUUAGUGUCAAAUUCUUGACUAGAAAUAGUGAUCCAUAGUAAAUCAAAGGAAGCUGUAAAAUAUUACAGUGAUUCAUUUAUUUAAUACAGAUUUUCUGAUGUGCCAUAUGCAAUAUUAAGAUGAUAGGAAAAAAGACUUCGAAGCACAGCUUUCAUACUAUGGGAGAGUAUGUCACCUCAAUAAAAUUGCAGGUGAGGAAUAGUGUCAGUUAUUUACUGCAUUGAAAUCUUUAUUUCUAAUACCUUUAGUGGCAGUCUUCUCAGAUUUUGACAUAAAUCUGUAGCCACAUCGAAACAAAAAAUGAAGAGGCAUUUAUUUUCACUAAAACCAAAUUUCUGGGUGUCUUCUUGGUAAUGAAGAGAAGGACAAAGAUCUGGCACUUCUUGCUUCUGCUGCUUUCUUAAAUGCUUAUAUGAAAGGCAGCUAUUGUAUCUAAUACAGCUGCAGUCUGCCUGUUUGCCUUGGAACUGGUCUGUAUACCAAUGCAGAGAUAAAGCACAUCAAUACUUACACUGGUUUCAACUGAAAGCAACUUGUGGGAGCUUUUAGCACUUUCUGCAGAUAGGAGAUGAUUUUAUGUUGGUAAAUCAAAUUUCUGUUUUUCCUCACUAAGGCCAAUGUAUGUGGGCUUUUUCAAGAGUUGCGUCACGUUAAACAGUGACCUCUGCUUGAAAAACAAAAGCAAAUAAACAAAACACCACCCCAGCACACAAAACUGGUGAAAUAUUUGUUGUUUACAGACAAGUCUUUGGAAUUAAUAAAUUUAAAAGAAGUUAUUAAGACCAGGAAUGGUAAAGGCCAAAUAGAGUUGAGUUGGUUUCAGAUCAAAUCCUUUUUGUAAUGAUAAGCCUUUAGACUUAGUAGAGGGGAAAAAAAUAACAUGUUUUGUUGCUGCUUCAUGCUGAGGGAGACGAAUCCUUACAUAUAUGGAGCUUUCUGUAGAGGUUACAAAAAUAAGAAAUUCGGCAUCUUUAUUUUCCCAAAUUUUGGAUAACUCUAUGUCGGUGCUGUAGAAAGCAUUGUUGAUUGUGCAGCGAACAUUGCCUGUUCCCAGCCCUGGUAAGGUACCUAACUGGUGGCAUCUGCUCUCUCCUCUGUCUUUUUAACGAUGAGACUGGUCUGUGUGGUACAACUUGAAACACCUCCUUGCUUCAUGCUGCUGCCUGCAAUGUUCACAAUCUGAAUAAAACAAUGAAGGAAAGUGACAACUUUAUAGUUGAGUGUAAUAAAUAAGUAAAUGUUUACCAAUAUUUAAUCUCCACCAGCAAAAAAUGGUCUAAUGAGACAGGAAGCUUGCUGUAGGAACUAUAGAACUUCACUGAUUGAAAAUUGCACAAUGACUCUUACCAGGUUACUGUGUCACUUGUCCUCUCAUGUGAGUGAAUCAAAACAGUAAUACUAUUUCUUGUUCCGUACACAACACGCUGUGGGAUAUACAUAAUUCAUUUACAAAUGGAGGGAAAGGCAAAUGGUAUUAUUUAAUCAGCAAUUCUAUGUCACAGGUCUUUUUGGUAAAAGAAAUAGGGAAGUAAAAUAUUAUUCUCUUCCCGUGAAGAAUGUUUCUGCUGAUCUUGGCAGUUACAAAUAGAGAACAUGUCAUUAACUGAAUUUUAGUUUAAACUUACCACUGUGCAGGAGCAGUCUUGGUUCCCGUCUCUCUUGCAUAAUUCCAACAACAUAUUAUCUUAAAACUUUGUUUAUACGCAGUAUUUGUUCUCUCAUUGGUUUUGGCCUUUCCCCCCCCCCCCCCUUUUUUUUAACAUGAGAAGCAAAGUGAGCCAAAGUUGUUUUAAGCAUGUUAUUAUCAAAAUGAUGUCAUUAAACAUUUUUAGUUCAAACUUUUUAUAGGCAGCUACAUUUUCAAAGAAGAAUUUUUGUUUCUUUUUCCCCUACACAGUUUAGAAUCCAAAUCUUAAAUACAAAACCAGAAAGUCUUUCCCGGACUACUUUAGUAUAUUAGAAAAUUUUAAAGGAGAAUAAUAGCUUGAACUGAGAACACUUUUUUUUUUUUUUUUUUGAAAUUUUCCAUUUUGACAGUGUUAUGUUUGCAUUUGGACUCAAUGAUCUUAAAGGUUUUUUCCAACCUAAAUGAUUCUAUGACUUCAAUGAAACUGUAAUUUUCCUUGAUAGUUUUGUAACUGAGCUAAAACAUAGUCAGUCAUUCAAAAUUAAUUCUUGUUGACGAUGGGGAUUUCCUCAUUUCAUUCAGAAUUGUGUGAAAUUUGGCAAAUUCCCCAAUAGUUUUAUAAAGACAGAUUGUGAAAUAGAGAAUAUUUGGGAAUAAUCACAAGGAUACUUUGUUUUGUUUAAUUUUUAAAUAGGAGUGACCCAGUGAAAUCUUUCCAGAAUUGCUAUAUUUGUUUAGGAUUUGGUCAUGCCAUUGCAGGCCUGGGAACUCCCAUUGUUCAGUAUAAAUGCUCUUUCUGGAGCGUGUGCAAGAUUGUGGUCUUCACAUGCAAUUGUUAAUACAGUUGUGUUUACUGAAUCGGAUGUGUUACGUUAAGCAUUGCUGUAAUACGGGAAUUCCGAGCUGCAAUGUGCACCAGCAGGUAAUGCAAGGCUUUGAUUCCCAUAGGGGCGUAUGCAGGCAUUGCAAAAGGGUUGUUUGGUGGAUUAUGUUGGGAAUAAUGUGAAUACUUUUUACUGUUAUGUAAUGAGUAGAACAAGGAAAAUGUGAUUGCUUUACGAUUAUCAUUCGGUUGAUGUUCAGUUAUUUUAUUUUGUAACUCGAGAUCAUAAAACUCAGAAAAUGCAAUGUAACCAAGUGAUCAGUAUGUAAAUGUGCGCGGGACAUGACAGGAGUAGUUCUGAGGCACAGUCAGAGAGUGAUCAUUUGAAAAUAGAUGCUUAAAUUGUGUGUAUAUAUUGCAACAUCUUUGAUAGUGCAUUUUAAUUCAUUUUGCAUUUCAUGUUCUUGUAAAGUGCAUCUUCCACACUUCUGAAGAUCGUCUACUUGUACAAUAUUGUAUUAAGUCUUUUUUCAGGAUUUCCAUUAUUGCUGGAGCUUCCAACCUAUGUGUUUCUUUCGAAAGAUGUUCCUACUGUUACUUUUUUGUAAAUAGUUUUUUGUAUUAAAUUUGCAUGGAUUAAACCCACGUUUUCAGAACCAGUGUACAUACUCUGUGUAUAAAAUACAGACUAUUUCAUAACUUUCAUGUGGUCGAGUUAUUCAAUUUGAUUUUGCUUCAAUUUUUAAGUAUUCGUAAACAAUAAUCAGAAUUUGUAUGUUCCUUUAAAUGUCUCUGUUGCCAUUUUGAUAAAUAUGUGAUUUGCCUCAUUAUGAAGAAAUAUGUUAUUUUUAUAGUCACAGAUGGAAGACAUGUUAACUCCUGUUUCAGGGAGGUGUAGGAUGCUUUUACAUAAGAAAUUUGUUGGGACUUUGGUUUUGACCACAGGGACACCACUGGUGAGAAUAUGUGAAGAUAACGAUUCCUUUGCUUAUAGCGGUGUCUUUGUACUUUUAUUUACUUUCCUUUUCUACACAACGUGGAAACCACUCCAUCUUUUAUAGCAUAUGUAUUUGGAGCAAUCUAGUUUUUAAAAAUCUCGCUAUUGGUAAGCUUAAUCCAGUAUGGGAGCUCCUACUGACAGCAGCGAUCUUCUUCCUUUCCGUUCCUUGGGUUGGUUCUGGCAGUAGCACAGUUUGCCUUUUUUGGGGUUCGCGGUCAUGAACUGCUGUGCCGAGUAUUAAGGAAAUGGACCUGCCACGUUUGGAGCUGUGUUUGGGCUAUUCAGAUAUAGGUUAAAAUAGAAUUGAUGCUACCUUAAUUUUUUUUCAGUUUAAGGAUCUGGUCAAUUUUAUUAUUAGAUGUGAAUAUUCAAAGUAAAAGAGUCUCUUUUCAGAGAUUUACUUUUCCUGUGAGACUCUUCAUUCUGCAUCUGCACACCCCCAACUGUUCUUUGUUUCCUCAUGAAGCACAAUCAGGGAUUAUAAAGCGGAAAAUGAGAAGCAGCGUUACAGAGAAAGUGAACACCAUCCCUUGACAAAGGUUUCUAAAGUGUUGGAACUUUUUUUUUUUCAGUUAUUAACGAGGGAUUUGUGGUUGAAAUGUUCUGUGAGUCUGUUGUUCAGUUUCCAGCUGUAAAGAAAACUUUGCUUUUACAAAGAGGCCUUUUGGGUCUACAAGGGGAAUGAUAACGAAGGGAGGGGAAUGAUGAACUGUGUGCUUGGGCUUUGGUUCCAGGCGUGACUGCAUGAGCUAUGAGAUCCUUGUCAGUCCUUGGUCACCUGCAUAGGAGAGGUCACUGUUGAAUAAGGGGAGUCUUGUAAACGGAAAAAAGUCUGAUUUCAACAUGGUGUGUAUUGGGAAAUGUAAAAUUAAUGAAGCUCUGCAGUGUAAUUUUUUUUCAUUUGAGCUUGGUACAUUUCUUAGGGUGCCACAAACAAGUAUGUUCCUUUAGAUUUAGAUGAUCAGCUGUGGAUAAUAUAGCUCAGACAUGGACUUUUUUUCACUUUCAUGAGGUGAUGAAAGCUUUGUAAAUGGCAGGCUUCAGCUAUAAACAAAAUGUAGUUUACAACACCUGCCUUGGUAAAGGUGUCUGCUGCUGGCAGGGCACAUUGAUUCCUGCGGGAGUUGAGAGCUAAUGACACUGAAUGCAAUUUAUAGAUCUUCAUUGCAGUGCUUCCUCCACCAAGCGAUUCCUCAGGAGCAGUUCUUGGAUUCAUGUAGGUCAACUUUUUUGCACCACA